AUGGUGGACAAAAAAGUAAAGAUUGGGGCGGCGGCGCUGGUGAUCUUUGUGUUCCUGGCCUGCGCGCUUACGCUUACAGUCGUACUGAGCGUCGUGCUGACCCGAGACUCGUCUUCAUCUUCUUCGGGCUCGACCACCACCUAUACGGCGACCGCGUCCGCGGGCGACUUUGUCACCAUCACCGUCAACCGCGCCUCGCGCUACAUCGACUACUCCAACUCGAAGAGCGGCCGAGCCGGCCGGUUCACCUACACGGUCAACGCUGACGGCAGCUACGACAUCAACGACGCCGACGGGGACCUUGUGCGCGCCGUCGAGCUGCCCAACUAUGGCAUCCUCCUCCAGAUCAACAAGGGCGGCGCGACCGCCAACGUCAAGUGCCUCGUGACCGGCAUGACCAAGUCCACCAUCUCGCGAGCGAGCCUUCAGGGCAAGGCCUACAACUUCUUCCAGUUCCGCACCACUUCGGGCGGGCUCGAGGUGGGCAGCAUCGUGUUCGGGGCCACCGGCCAGCAGCUGUCUCACUCCUCGUGGUGGCCCUACGGGGCCUUCAACGGCGAGACCGGCUUCAACGAGGCCUCCGACCUCAGCCUGACCAAUGCCACCUUCGCCGCCGACGGCAGCUACAUGCACGUCUUGCUCGAGGAUGAGAACCUCUACAUUUUUGCCAGCGGGACACGGCUGGCGAUCGAUCUGCCAGCCGGCUCGCUGAUGGCCAUGCGCGAGUCGUCCAGCGCGAGCUUCGACACCACGUCCUUCCCGGGCACCUACACGACCCUGAUCUACAGGAAGACCAACGCCCACUCUCAGCCGGGCAACACCGAGAGCGGCGACAUCGUGUUGGACAAGGCCCAGGUGGAGGUGACGGCUGCGGCCGGCGUGACGGUCACGUCGCUCACCACGUCGACGGUACUGUUCACGGGCACGCUGAGCGCCCUGUCGUCGGACUCCUCUGUAUUUGGACCCGGCAAGCUGACGGCCGAGUGCCGCGGCGUGUUCAUCGCGCGAAGCGGCGACACGGCCUUCGUGAUGUCCUUCACCGACCGGAGCGUCUACAUGAGCAGCUUCACCCCGCUCGAGGACAGCGCCUACAACUACUUCAACGGUGCUGGCAUCAUCAUCUAA